UAGAACUUCUCUCGUCUUUCUUCGCAAGUUUGAAGGGAAAAGCAAAAGCGUGGGACCCACACCAAUUUAGCAUCUCUCGCCUAUUUCUAUGGUCUUCCAAACAAGAGAAGUUGGCAUUCUCUCUUCAAUUUCUCUCUCACCAACUUCGCUCUUCUCUUUUUCACCUCAACCAAACACAGGGUGAUUACUUAACAGAGCAAAGCGAGAUUCCAUUCCGUUUCAACUAACAAAAAACGGUUACAGAGAAAGGACACGCGUCACUUUAUGAUUGCUUAACAGUCUCUAUAAAACCGUUCCCGUAGCUUCUAUCUUCUCAAAGAAGCUUCUGAAAUUUGAGAGUAAUAACGAACCGCGAAAAUUUUCCCGCUCAGAAAAAGAAACAGAGAAAUCUCGAAGAAACAAUGGAAGCGAUUGCAGUUCUAACCGCCGGUGAGAUGAAAGAAGCGAUUGCAGUUCUAACCGGUGCGACGAAGAAUGUGAAGAUCAAUGGCGGCGAGAUCGAGAAAGAGAAGAAGAUCUAUCGUAUUCAAGUUUCCAAGACUAAGAAGCCACUCUUCUUCUACCUUAACAUCGCUAAGAAACACUUGAAGCUGGAUAAUGAUGUUGAGCUCUGUGCUUUGGGAACUGCUAUUCCAACUAUCAUACUCAUCUCUGAGAUUUUGAAACGCAAUGGAUGGGCAAUUGAGAAAAGUGUAGAGGCAUCCACUGUUGAUGCAAAGGAAGGCAAAGAAGGUCGUGGAGCUCCAAAGGCUAAGCUUGGUAUUGUGCUGGGAAAGGCUAAGAGUGGUGACCAGAGUACUGAUGCUUCCUCAGAGUAGUGGAACUGACAGGAGAUGAUGAAACUCUACUGCUUGUAGAGUACUGUGUGUAAUAAACUGAAUUUGUGGUGUAGAAUGUAGAUAGAUAUAUGUUGGUGUUCUUUCAUUCCUUAGUUUGUUUUCUCUUUUGUCUCGGGGGCCAAUAAACCGUGCUGAUGAUAGCCCUUCUGAAAGUAGAUUUUUGUGCAAAGCUAUUGCAAUUUUAGUCAUGUAAUAAACAAAGUAUUCCUGUAUGGAUGUACAUUCUCAUGAGUCAUAAUAGUGUAAAAAGAUUCUGGAGUUAAUAAAUGUUUUGCAAUUUGGUUA